AAGGGGGAGAGAGAGAACGCGGAAACGGGAGAAAGAGGUGGAGAGAGAGAGAGAGCUCGAGCAGGCAGAGAGAACAGAGCGAGAGAGAGGCGCGUCACCCGGAGACCGCCUGCGCUCGAGCACUGCGUUUGUGUGUUUUUGCGCGUUUCUCUGGAUUUAAUCGGAUUGCCGUUGAGAAUAAUUGAGACCCGAGUGUGUGAGUGAGUGUCCGUGUGUGUGUGUAAGAAGAUGUCGGGGAACCGAGAGGAGGAGCGGCGCAAGCUGGCCGACAUCAUUAACCACUGGAACGCGAACCGGCUCGACCUGUUCGAGAUCAGCCAACCGACCGAGGAGUUGGAGUUCCAUGGUGUGAUGCGGUUUUAUUUCCAGGACAGAGUGGCCGGGAACUUCGCCACUAAGUGCAUCCGCGUGUCCAGCACGGCCACCACGCAAGACGUGAUCGAGACUCUGGCCGAAAAGUUCCGACCCGACAUGAGGAUGCUCUCGUCGCCCAAAUACUCCCUGUACGAGGUGCACGUCAGCGGGGAAGAACGGAAGCUGGACCUGGACGAGAAGCCCCUGGUGGUGCAGCUGAACUGGAACAAAGACGACAGAGAGGGACGCUUCGUCCUCAAGAACGAGAACGACAUCAUCCCGAAGAAAAUCCAAAGCAACGGGCCGGAGAAAGAAAAAGAAGGCGUGAUCCAGAACUUCAAAAGAACCCUGUCGAAGAAAGAGAAAAAGAAAGAGAAGAAGAGAGAUAAAGAGGCGUCCGCUCGGAUACCUGAUGGUGACGAGCACGCGCUGAACAGAGAGGACGGAGAGAACUCGAGACUGGCGGCGGAGGUCUACAAGGACAUGCCCGAGACCAGCUUCACUCGCACCAUCUCCAACCCCGAGGUGGUGAUGAAGAGGAGGAGGCAGCAGAAGCUGGAGAAGAGGAUGCAGGAGUUCCGCAGCGGAGACGGACGACCCGACUCAGGUGGGACGCUGAGGAUCUACGCAGACAGUCUGAAGCCCAACAUCCCCUAUAAGACCAUCCUGCUGUCCACCACCGACACGGCCGACUUCGCCGUGGCCGAGGCUCUGGAGAAGUACGGCCUGGAGAAGGAGAACCCCAGAGAGUACUGCAUCGCUCGGGUGGUCCACUCUGACGAGAAGCCCAUCAAAGAGACCAUCCUGGAGGACUCGGAGUGCCCUUUACAGAUCUUCCGAGACUGGACCAGCGAUAAAGAGGCGUUAGUGUUCCAGCUGAAGAAACGUCCUCCUGACUUCAUGCCUAAGAAAGGUCUCAAGCCGGGGGACAGGAUGGUGCCGCUGCAUGGAGGUCUGCCUCCUGAGAAACUGCCCUACCUGGUGGAGCUGAGUCCAGGGCGAGGGAAUCACUAUGCCUACUACGCUUACCGGCAACACGAAGAUGGGUCAGACUCCAGGGAUAAGCCUAAACUGUACCGGUUACAGCACAGCGUGACUGAGGUCGGCUCAGACCGGGGAGAAGACGGCAACAUCCAGCUGUUCGGGCCGGGCGUCCUGCCGCACCACUGUAACCUGAGGCACGCCGACGGUCUGGUCAUGGUCACGCCCGUCAGUCUGGACGCGGAGACCUUCGUGGAGGGACAGCGGAUCUCGGACACCACGGUGCUGCGCAGCGGCAUGACGCUGCAGUUCGGCGCCGCACACGUCUUCAAGUUUGUGGACCCGAGCUACGACCAGGGCCUCGCCAAGAGGGACCCGGGGGGCAUGGUGAAGGGCAGGCACAAGUCAGGGAGUGUCCCGGAGACGAGCUUUGACCUGCACGGGGACAUCCACAGCGGCGCUGCACUCCCAACCAGCAAGAGUUCAGGGAAGCUGGACAUGGACCGCCCGGGUAACGCCGGCGAGAGGGGCAUGGUGAAGCCCAUGAUGCGCACAGAGCCCGAGUUCGCAAAGCAUGAUGGGAGGCCACACGAGGGCCCCGAGCUCACGCUGCCGGCCAGCAUCGAGUUCAGGGACAACUCUGAAGAUGCUUUCCUGUCGGCCAUCAUUAACUACACCAACAGCUCCACCGUGCACUUUAAGCUGUCCCCCACCUACGUGCUGUACAUGACGUGUCGCUACGUCCUGUCCAGCCACUACAGACCCGACAUUAGCGCGUCGGAGCGGACGCACAAGGUCAUCGCCAUCGUCAACAAGAUGGUGAGCAUGAUGGAAGGAGUGAUCCAGGAGAUUCCUGAAGGUGACCAGAAGCAGAAAAACAUCGCCGGCGCCCUGGCCUUCUGGAUGGCUAACGCCUCGGAGCUGCUCAACUUCAUCAAGCAGGACAAAGACCUGAGCCGGAUCACGCUGGACGCCCAGGACGUCCUUGCGCAUCUCGUCCAGAUGGCCUUCAAGUACCUGGUUCACUGCCUGCAGUCAGAUCUGAAUAACUACAUGCCUGCGUUCCUCGAUGAUCCUGAGGAACAGAAUCCACAGAGACCCAAAAUUGAGGACGUGCUGCACACGCUGACGGGCGCCAUGUCGCUGCUGCGCCGUUGCCGCGUCAACGCCGCCCUCACCAUCCAGCUGUUCUCUCAGCUCUUCCACUUCAUCAACAUGUGGCUGUUCAACAAGCUGGUGACCGAGUCGGACUCGGGUCUGUGCUCGCACUACUGGGGCGCCAUCCUGCGCCAACAGCUCAGCCACAUCGAGGCCUGGGCGGAGAAACAGGGCCUGGAGCUCGCCGCAGACUGCCACCUCAGCCGCAUAGUGCAGGCGACGACGCUCCUCACCAUGGACAAGUACUCCAUGCAGGACGUCCAGAACAUCAACAACACCUGCUUCAAGCUCAACUCUCUGCAGCUCAACGCGCUGAUGAGUAACUACCACUGCGCCCCGGACGAGCCCUACAUCCCCCCUGAGCUGAUCGAUCACGUGGUGGCGGUGGCGGAGAACACGGCGGACGAGCUGGCCCGCAGCGACGGCCGUGAGGUCCAGCUGGAGGAGGACCCUGACCUACAGCUCCCGUUCCUGCUGCCGGAGGACGGCUACUCCUGCGACGUGGUCCGCAACAUUCCCAGCGGCUUCCAGGAGUUCCUGGAUCCGCUGUGUCAGAGAGGUUUUUGUCGUCUGAUCCCGCAUCCUCGCUCACCCGGAACCUGGACCGUCUACUUCGAGGGAGCGGACUGCGACAGCCACUUCUCCGCGGACACCUCCGACAUGCCAAUGAGGAAGGAACCUGAAAUCGUGACGGUGACGUUGAAGAAGCACAACGGCAUGGGCCUCAGCAUCGUCGCCGCCAAGGGUGCUGGACAGGAGAAACUUGGGAUUUACAUCAAGUCUGUCGUCAAAGGAGGAGCUGCGGACAUGGACGGCCGUCUGGCUGCUGGAGAUCAGCUGCUCAGCGUGGACGGGAGAAGUCUGGUCGGACUUUCUCAGGAGAGGGCGGCGGAGCUGAUGACCCGAACAGGCUCGGUGGUGACUCUGGAGGUGGCCAGACAGGGCGCUAUUUACCACGGCCUGGCCACCCUGCUCAACCAGCCGUCUCCCAUGAUGCAACGGGCGUCGGACCGGGCCCGCAUGGAUAAAGGCAAAUCCAGGCCGAAGAGCGAGGGCUUCGAGCUCUACAACAACUCUGUGCAGAACGGCUCUCCGCAGAGCCCACAGGGGAACUGGGACACGUACCCCGAGCAGAAGAGGGACGAGAGGCUGCUGAAGAACCGCGCAGAUCACCGCUCCAGCCCCAACGUCGCCAAUCAACCCCAGAGUCCGGGGGGGAAACCCGUGUACCCAGGAGCGCCGGGUAAAAUCACCUCCGUCUCCACGGGCAACCUGUGUCCUGAUGAGGAGCCGUCCCCGCCUCGUCCGGAGGCGUACCCCAUCCCUACGCAGACCUACCCCAGGGACUACUUCACCUUCCCAGCCUCCAAAUCUCAGGACAGGAUGGGACCAGGACCUGGCCAGGUCUGGCAGGGCGGCGAGCCCGAACCUCUUCCUCCCAUGGACGAGCAUCUCCAUAACAACAUGGCUAUGCAGCGGGUAGCACGCUCUCAGGAGGAGCUGUGUGACGUGCCCACUAGGUACCCUGGCGAUCGAUUGCGGCAGGACGACCUGCUCCACCUGCAGCAGCAGCAGCGUGAAGCAGAGUACCAGCGUGGUGGAGAUCCUUGGAACCACCACGUCUCCUCCUCUGUGGAGUCCAGCACUUCCAGCCAGGAGCACCUCAACUACCCAAUUUCCUCCUCCAGCAAAGGCCAGAGCAACCACAAGAGCGGUGCCGGCCGCUGGAAGACCCCCGGCGCACCCGGCGCCCCGGUCGGCGCGCCCCAGCCGUCUCGUACCGACCUGCCCCCACCACCUCCUCCACCUCCACCUGCGAUCUACGAUUACGAUCCGCAGGCUGACCUGCCUCUACCCCCGCCUCCAUCGGUGACCCAGCAGCAAGCCGCGGUCGACCGCAAGAAACGGGAAGAGCAGCAGCGCUGGUAUGAGAAGGAGAAGGCGCGGCUGGACGAGGAGCGCGAGCGCAAGAAGAGGGAGCAGGAGAGGAAGCUCGGGCAGAUCCGCAACCCUGCAAUGCCUCCACCUGUCCUGCACAACAACACCCAGCACCAGCCGAUGCCACCACCUCAACAGAUCCCUCAACCGUACCUGCCCCCCGCUCAGCCACCCCAAACACAACAACUUCCCCGCCCUGAGAAGCUGCCCACUCUUCCUCGAGCUCCUCCUCCUCCCACUCCUCAGGACACGGUGAUCCGGGACAUGCAGCCUCAGCAACAGCCGCGCACCAUCGAGAGGCGCGACCUGCAGUACAUCACCAUCAGCAAAGAGGAGCUGUCCGCGGCCGACAGCCUGUCCCCGGACCCGUGGAAGAGGGACGCCCGGGAGAAACUGGAGAAGCAGCAGCAGCUGCACAUCGUCGACUUGCUCGACAGAGAGAUCCAGGAGCUUCAGGCCAAGCCGGAGCGCACGGCCGAGGAGAGCGACCGCCUGCGCAAGCUCAUGCUGGAGUGGCAGUUCCAGAAGAGGCUGCAGGAGUCCAAGCAGAGCGAGGAGGACGAGGAGGAGGAGGACGACGAAGACGUCGACACGGUGCUGAUCAUGCAGAGGCUGGAAGCUGAGAAGAGAGCACGGCUGCAGGACGAGGAGCGGAGACGGAAGCAGCAGCUCGAGGAGAUCCGUAAGCGCGAGGCAGAGGAACGGGCCAGGCAGGAGGAGGAGAGACGCCGGAGAGAAGAGGAGCGAGCCAGACGAGAGACUGACGAGAAGAGGAGACAGGAGGAGGAGUACUACACCCGCCUGGAGGCGGAGAGGCGCCGGCAGCACGAGGAGGCCGAGCGCAAGCUGCUGACGCCAGACGAUCCUGGUCUGUACAGACCUCCUCUCCCACGGGACUACCAGCCCCCCCCUCCUGCCACUAACACCAACAUCAACACCAACACCACCAACCCUCCUCCGACCCCGCCUCAGAGAAACACCUCGUACCUCAAAACCCAGGUCGUCUCCCCCGACACCUUAUACACUGCCAAGUUUGUCUCGUACAAUGACGAGGAGGAGGAGGAGGGGGAGGAGGAUGAUGCAGGCUUAGCAGGUCAGGUUAAGCUCUCAGCUACGCGGAAGUCCUACGGCGACCUUGUUCCCGCCCAAAAGACCGCGCCGCCACCCGCUAUGCGCAAGCCGCGCCCCGUCUCCGACGGCAUCUUUCUGUCCAGCUCCUUCCAGCUGCCUGCAGACGCCAAUGCCAACAGUACUGCGCCCAAACCGGGGCAAGCCCCUCCCCCUCCCACCAAACCCAAAGGGUAUAAUUCGUACACUGGAAACACGCCGGGCGUUGUAGGAGACGUCUUCAAGGAGAAAUGGACUAAAGGCGGACCGGAUCAGGAGAACACGAUAGGCGGAGCGCCGGAGAAUCUCACGUUUAAGGAGCGUCAGAGACUUUUCUCGCAGGGAAAAGAGGUUUCCAACAAGGUGAAGGCCUCACGCAAGCUCAUGGAGCUGGAGAACGAACUGAACACCAAACAGUAGCUAAGAGCUUUGUAGCGGGACUCGACACUAAUCCCUGACCCCUGACCCUUGACCCCUGACCCCUGACCCCAGCACUGGAACGAGAGAGAGUGAGAGAGAGAGAUUCAACCGGAGCUUCCCUUAUAUAUAUAUUUUUUUUUCAUUAUAAUUUUUUGUUUAUUUUUCAAAUUCAUUUUGAUUUGUGUGACAUAACUGGACCAGUAAGUAUAAUUUUAGCGUCGAGAGACAAUACUGUGUGAUUUCUGAUUUUUUUUUUUUUUUUUUUUGUCCCUCCAGCGUAUCAGAUAUAUAAUAAAGCACUGUACAAAUGUUUUAAUAAUAUUAAUGUUGAAUUUGAAAAUGGCAUAUUUUUGGUUUAUGAAAAUGUUAAAUCUGAAAAGAAAAAAAAAAGCCACACGCUCUCUUCAUAUUUUAUUUUUUUAAAUAUCACUGAUUGUAAUGUGGGAUGUUUUACGGUGGUGUUUUAUCUGCAAACUUCCACACUUUUCACGUUUCUUUUCUUUUUCUCCUUCCCUUUUUUUCGUUAAAAAAAAAAAAAAUGUCAGAUUGGGACCAGUUUCCUGUCUCCCAGUACUCCCAGUACGGAAAUGUAAAAGCGCCAAGGCCGUUACAGAGCACUCGGCCCGACUCUGUGCACAUUUGAAGACGUAGGCAGAGUCGUCAGAUCUCGUCGAGCGUAGUAAAGUAGGUCCUCCUCUGGGAAGUGAGAAAGUUUGCGUUUGUGCUGUAAAUCCGGACAGAGGGAAAGUUUCAGUUUUAUAUUUUUCUAUUAUAAUAGUUUCUAUUAUAAUAGUUUCUAUUAUAAUAGUUUUCUAUUUUCCCGCUUUUAGUUUUUUAUUAGUAGGUAACGGAUGUGAUUGAAGUGACAGGGUGUGAGAGCUGAGCUGAGCUGAUAAAGACGUGAAGUGAUUCAGUGAAGAAGUGAAACACAGAAGCCUUGCUGUUGCAGGUGUUUGUUUGAACCGUAUAUCGUUCGGACGCCCGCGUGAGUCGGAAUUAUUAUUAUUAUUUUUUUUUCAGACCCGCCCCUAAAGUUCGAACGUGAGUUUAUUUUCAUUUCCAAGGCCACAGUAUUGAAGUUCAAGUUUGUGGUUGUGUAUCUCUAUUAACACUCUGGGCUUACUGGUGUAUGUGUAAAUUAUUUUUCUUCUUCCCCCAGGAAAACACAAACUUUGUAAAUUGACCCAGUUCAUACUGUAACACUACAGUGUCGAUAUUCUUUCAACUUUUAUUUCUGCUGCGGAAAUGUAAACUGACAUGUAUACACACUCAUACGUUUAUCACUCUAGGUUCAGGAAGAGUUUAUUUGAUUUCAUUUUAAUGGUUGUUACAUGUUAGGCUUUUGUAAAUCAUAAAUAAAUUCAGAUUUUACAAAAAAAAAAAAAAAAAAAACCCUGUGCUGUCUGUUUGUGAUCGAGUUCUACAGCUGUGUACGGAAUGAAAUCUUUCAUGGCAUGCAGCUUGGAGGAAAAUCAUUAUCAUCAACAUCAUCAUCAUUACCUCCACUAUCCUACAAGCAUUACAAAAAAAAAAAAAACUCCUUACACUGGAGACUCCUUCCAUAAACGUUAAACAUCUCACAGAAAAUGUCACCACGUUAAUUCUUCCGUGUUUUUGCUGCACGUGCUUCAUAUAAAACUUCUGCGUUAGAGUUCCUGCCUGAGCCGUUUCUAUGGCAACUUCUGACCACUCGGAAUCCAGAUGUGGUCAGGGCUGUGGUAUAACAUUUUUAUAACGUCAAUUAUCCAUCUUUAGGUUUAUACUGUACAGUGUCGCCUAAAGGUAUGGCUAUGAGGGAGGUGUUCACAUCAAAACAGGACUUUUGAUUGUGCAGAAUAACAGAACACUGUUAUCAGAGAAACUAAAACUCCCUUUAUUUCUUUAUAUAAUCCUGUGCUACACUAAUGCACUUAUCCCAGUGUUUCACUAGUGCUUGGACGCCAUCAAGGUAAAAGGUUUUGGACUGCAGGUCUGUUUUGAAACGCUGGCCUCACAGGAACUCCUUUAAUAGCACAAAGUGGUGCAGUGACCAAUAUGAGGUCUUGGAAAAAAAACAAAAAAAACAAUGAAUUUGGUGAUCAUGGCUUUACUUGGAAACCUUGGUGCUGUCCAAGCACUAGUAAAACACUGGAUUAAGUGCAUUAGUGUAGCAGGAGAUUAUAUUCAUAGAACUGUCUUCUGUUAUUCUGCACAUUAAAAAGUCCGGUUUUGACUUGAACACCCUCAUACUUGUAUGAACUUUGAUUAUUUCAUUUUUGUAUGUCAAAAUAAGAGAGACCUUCCUAACGCUAAUGU